AAGAAGUAGAAGAAAUUAAAGUGUUAAAAUAAGCCCAAAACCCCUUGUAACCCCUCGGUCAUUGGCGGCGUUAAAGUGGGACUUAAAGGGGUAACAAUGGAAAGAGGUGAGUUGUGUGUCGAUGCAGCAAUGGAAGAAGAAGUAAGAACAUCAAGUGUAGAGUGUUAUGUAGUGGUACACAACAUAGCCAAACGACACAACGUCGGAACCCUAGCUCGUAGCGCCACCGCGUUCGGCGUUACCGAACUCAUUCUCGUCGGCCGCCGUGAUUUCAACUCUUUCGGUAGCCACGGCUCCACUUCUCACUGCCGCUUUCGACACUUCCACUCUCUCGCCGACGCUCGGAGCUUCCUCAAGGAGAAAGAUUGUGAUAUUUGCGGAGUGGAGAUCACGGAUGAUGCUGUCGCGGUUAAUCAGCAUCCGUUUACCAAGAGCACUGCUUUUCUUCUCGGCAAUGAGGGAACUGGGCUUUCUUCUAAAGAAUGUGCAAUUUGUGACUUUUUUGUUUAUAUUCCACAAUAUGGGUGUGGUACUGCUUCCCUGAAUGUAACAAUCGCAGCCUCCAUCGUCUUGCAUCAUUUUGGCGUCUGGGCAGGCUUUUCUGAGAGGUCUCGUGAUGGAAAUAAGUUUGUUGUGGCUGAGAGACCAGUGAAACAAUCAGGACGAAAUUAUUGCACAGAAACAGCAGAGACAAUCAUUGAGGAGCGAAAAUUAAGAAAAGAAAAUGCUUUAAAUGGGUUUUUUGAUGAGAGUGUAAAACAAGAUUCACCUUCUAAUCUACUAGAUGCAUUGUUUGAUGGAGAAUGAUGAAAAAACAGAACAUGCACACCAAUUGUUUACCUAGGUUUCGACCUUUUGUGUUUUAGUUAUAAGAAUUUUUUUAAAGGAAGAUGUAGUUUGUCUAGCAAAUUUGCUUAUGUACUUGUCUUGUUGACAAUUUAUAAAUUCUACUCCGACAACCAUGAAUGUAGAUUUUUUAAAGAUAUAUGUAUGAUUUGUUAGCCCA